AUGGAAGCCACUCUUGUUUCAUCAGCGGCCAAAGUGACUCAAUUGGCAGAUAAUAUUCAAGCUUGUGCUCGCAGGCUUGGGCAAUUGCGGGCUUCUGAGAAACGGAUGAAUGGCUCGCGUAUCGUCAAUGACGCUGGCGAAAAGCUAGACGCUGAAGCUAUUCAUGAUGUUCGCGUCAAUCUCCUAGAUGCAUGUCGAAGCCUUCUCAAUAUCGCUACAGGGCCGACAGAGAUGCUCAAGAAUAUGGCCCUGAUUGACAAACACAAUCUCGCAUCGCUACGGGUAAUCAAUCAUUUCCAGAUUGCCUCUUUGGUUCCACCAGAUGGACAGAUCUCUAUAUCCGAAAUAGCCAAAAAAUGCAACAUUUCCGAGGAAGUGCUUGCACGCAUUUUACGCCAGGCGAUGACCUACGAGGUAUUCCACGAGCCGAAAGAAGGAUUUAUCUCCCACACUGCCGCUUCUCGAGAGAUCCCUCGCCUUUCACCACUGCUUUCGUACCAAUUAGACGUAUGCCUGCCGUCGACACUGAGCCUACUCGAUUGGCUCGAGGGGGAGAGGAGCAAAGAGCAUAAAUCCGCAUUUCAAAUUGCGCAUUCUACUAAGGAUACCUGGUGGUCAUACGCCGAAAAACGGCCCGAUCUCAUCCAAAACUAUGGAAGAUAUAUGGCAUUGAUCACAAACGGCGGCCCGCAUGAUGUGAACCACGUAGUCAGCGGUUUUGCAUGGGAGACACUCGGAAACGCAAUCGUCAUUGAUGUUGGAGGUGCAGACGGAUUUGUUGGAGUGGCCCUCGCCAGGGCAUGUCCCCAUCUGACAGUUAUUGUCCAAGACAGCCCAAAUCUGAAAGAGAACGCAGAAGCAAAGAUUCCAUCUAAACUAAAAAAUCGAGUUUUCUUCGCGCCCCAUUCGUUCUUCGAGCCACAGUCCGCCAUGGGCUCUCACGCAGACGUUUUCUUGUUGAGGCACAUCUUGCACGAUUGGGAAGAUGACGACUGUCUGAUCAUUCUGCGCCAUUUGAUCCGGUGUAUGAAACCAAGCGCACGUAUAAUCGUUGCAGAGCAGGUUUUUGGCAACCCGGGCAAGAUAGAUAAACACACCGAGAGGACUAUGAGGGCUCUGGACAUGCAAAUGAUGGUUCAAUUCGGAAGCAAAGAAAGAACUUUGGGCGAUUGGGAGUCUCUAUUCAGCCUUGCGGACCCGUCGCUUGAGAUUGUUGGGUAUAUACAGCCGCCUGGGAGUGCUGAUACUCUGAUGGAGCUGAGGAAGAAGUGA